AUUUAUCUCAUUCUUGUUUUAGCGUGACCAAUGAUCGAACAUACAUGAUGGAUGAGGAAAUUAGGCACUGUCGUCCGAGUGAGCGGCGCAAAUAUAUAAAAUGGGGAGCGGACGAUUUCUGGGACUCGCAUGGCAUUACAUAGAUCUGGUUCAUAUCUUUCCUUGUCUUUUUGCUCGCAAUUUCUUUCCGUCCAUUUCUGCCUGUCGUCAUUCUGUCACGUUCCUUUCCCCCUUCUAUUUCUCUUCUCUAUUACUACUUAUAUCUCUCUUCUUUUUUUUUUUUUUUUUCUUCUCCUUGCCCCUUUUCCUUUUCUCUUUUACCUCCAAGUUUUCUCAUCUCUGGAGACGUCUCUAUUUCUUUUUCCAAGCAUUCUUCAUUCUCCUCCCCGCCAUUUCCACGGAGUGUUCUCAUUUUCAUACCAUUUCCUAUUGUAUUCCGCUCGUCUCCUUUGUUGAGCUCUCUCUCCAACUACAUGAUCCUAGCAAAUUCAAAUAUCUAGCAACUAGCUGCCAAAAAGUUGCCAGCAUGGUCCCCACUGCUCGGGGAGGGUCUCGAGUCCUGCGUCCACAGUGUGUCAGUAUCACUGAACUCCAUAUCGCCUUACAUGGAAGAAAAAUCAAAGCUGAGUUACGGAAACCGACAGACACACAGCUGCUGCUAUUCGAGAAAAUUGGGGUGUCUAAUACAAUUGGUUGUGCUUAUCCAUGAGGUUGUCUGAUCGAUUGGCUAUGGAAAAAGAACGCAGAUGACCCAUCUGUAUGGAAGGAAACUUAAAAAAAAAAAAAAAGAGGAGGAAGAAGAAUGGUUCCUAACGCAUCAUGUGAGUUAUUAUUUUUCACCUGUAUAUUGUGGCAUAUAUGCGUGUUGGUCAUGUGCUAUGCUGCCUAUCCUGUGAAAGUCU